AACAGCUAUUUGUUUAAUAGAGGCCAUCACCCGAAAACAUCGCUGUGCCUCCCUCAGACUGCCACGCUCCAGGAGAGAGGAGCUGGAAAGCCUGCAGCUGGCUGUGGGGAACUCUGGAGCCUGGAGGCCAUCUUAGCCCCAUGUAGAAGAUCACAGCGUGGGUGCAGUAUAAGCUGAAGUUGUUCACUUUGGUGAAGAGGGAUGUAAUAGCAGCCUACAACAAACUUGGAAGGGAGUGACAGAGGUGAUGGAGUGGUGGGAGAGGAAAUAACGAGGAGCAACAGCCAUGUUUACAGCUUGGGAGAUUCAGCAGAGAGCUACCAUGUGCACAGGGAAGUGUUCGAAGUGCAUUGGGAUCACCCUGUUCCCACUGGCGGCAUGUGCCAUAGUCUCCAACAUCCUCCUGUACUUCCCCAAUGGACAAGUUCUGCAGCUCAGCGAGAUAACUGAUCUGGUCUGGUUUUUCCAUGGCAUUCUGGGAGCUGGGAUACUGGUUAUUUUGCCGGCAUUCAUGAUGCUGGGAGCAGGCGGAGCAGGAUGUUGCGCUAACAGAUGUGGGAUGCUGCUGUCAGUGGUCCUGGCUGUGCUGGGAUUCGCGGGAGGAGCGUAUUGUACGGUCAUCUCCUCACUGGGGCUGAUUGCGGGCCCUCUGUGUGACACAGGUGAUGGAGAAUACCUCUACCCUUUCAGGAACGACACUCUGGAAGACAGUUAUUUGUUCAACCAGACAACAUGGAGCAUUUGCAAAGAACCUGAAAACAUAAUCCUUUGGAAUAUUGUCCUUUUCUCUAUUCUUCUGGUCAUUGGUGUGAUUGAAGCUAUUCUUUGUUUUAUUCAAGUCAUCAAUGGACUUACCGGCUUUAUAUGUGGCACAUGUAUGAGGAAAAGAAAGACAAAUAUUUCUGGAAUGUGAAUGACCUACAGGGAAUGCCAGGACACACCCCGAGCUGCCGAUUCACAUACAAUAAGGAUAGUGCACUGUGCUGUAUUUCUGGGGGGAUGACAAAGAAAGCCCAAAAUGUUCAGGAGUUUCAUGGGGCAAAAUGUAUUUUUUACAAAGAAGUCAGGGUGGAAAAAG